UUAGACUUAGACACAACCUCACCGUCUAUCUUUGCAAGGCCAAGUGUCAUGCACAGAACACCUCACUGCACCUCACCGCUAGAACCCUCUCACUGCAGACGAUGUUUUUCCAACCGCUUAAACCCCUUACACCCCCAAUCCAAUGGAAUCAUCAUUUAAAAUGCGAAACCCUUGUUUCAGGAUUCACCUGGCAGAUUACAUUCUUCGCCAAGAACCAUUGGAUAAAUCAGUGUAAGAUGGGGUUGGGGCUUGGGAUUAUGGAGAAGCUUGAUACUCUGCAGUUCUUUUGAUUUCAUGCUGUCAAUGGCAUGAGGGUUUGAUUUGUCAAGCCUUUUAGACAGAGAUUGGAGCUGCAUCAAUGUUGAAGUCGAGUUAAGGGCAUCAUCAAUCAUGGAAAAGCUUGAAGUUCAGGAUAGUGAAGGUGGGAUUUAAAGUGGAUAAUGCAGGGCGAACAAAGAAGAAGAAGAAUAACUGUUUUAGUCUAGAUGAAGGAACCUUUUAAGAUGGAGGGCUUCGAUAUUUUUGUGAUACGAGCAUAUGUGACAGUAAUCACAACCCUAUGAAAGGUAUUUGGAGCUCUGGCUUUUCUGAGUUCAUCGAAGGGCACUUUCUACCAUCUUCGAUUUCACUGAAGCUGCCUGAGGUCACUUCAGACUUCUUUUGUUUUCAGUUUCCUCGCAAAAUUCAACAUCCCCAACCCAUCUGUAACUUCUCUAAUUCUUCUUCAGAUCUCUUCUGCUUCUGUUUGUUCAGUAUUCCUCUUUCAUUCAUUUUCUUCCAGUUUACAUCCAUUGAUAACUCUGGUUUGCUUCUCUUACUGUUGAUGAAUCAAGCAUGGCUUCUGAACUAUUCCGAAUGGCUCCUCAUGAAGCCGAAAACCCGACGGAGGUCUCGCUGAGGGAAGCUUUCGUGCUUCUUCAGAGUCAGCUGAAACCCCCUUUCCCUCUAACAAUUGCAACUCCACCAGAGUAUUUACAGCUUAAUCUGGCUAUCCUGUUUGGGGUUUUGGUUGAACCUUACCUUGCCAAAACUUAUUUUAUCCACUUAAAUGCUAUCGUAACUGAUGGGUAUGAAUUUUUCGUUAGUUUGCUUCUCAAGAUAGUAACUGAAUCGUACCCUAAAAUUCUCGAAUCUGUGAGGGCUCAAUUGAUAUGUGUUUCUUCAGAGCUCAUUGGUGUCUCGGCUAUUGGGGUUGAUAAUUUGUUGAUUUCCCUGAUGAGGCAAAUUGUUGGUGGGGAUUAUGGUAAUUGGAACUUGUGGUUGUGCAUGGAAUUGCUAAAGACUUUAUUGGCAAAGUGGGAUUGGCUUUUGGAAGAACCAUUCGUUUUGACAAGUGCUCUGUUUACAUAUCUCCGUUUGUUAGCCGAUCAUUUUAGAUUGUCUGGUAGCACACAGUUAGAUCCCUUGAAGCACAUGGAGAUUGAUUUUUGCAUUAGAGUUUUGAAAGAACAAUUUACUUUGUGUUUGAGGAUUGGAAGGGACCUUGUUCGGCUUCUGCAGGACUUGGCACAUAUUCCUGAAUUCAAAGCUAUAUGGAAGGACUUGUUAUUGAAUCCUGGUAAAUUUAGGGCUCCAGGAUUUUCUGACAUUUCACAGCUAUACCACUUAAGGACAUCUAGCCGUUAUCUCUUACUUCGGAUCACUCUGGAGAUGGAAAAUCAAUUGCUGUUCUUACUGACCUAUGUGAAAUGGGGGAGACAAAAGCGUUACCAGGUGUGGUUUGCUAGGAAGUUCCUAUGUGGACCUGAAAGAGAGACCAUUAUCUGUGACCUUGUUCGGUUCAAAUGUUGUCCUCAUCGCCCUCCUAACGAAAUUCUACAAUCAGAUAUCGUUCCAAGAUGGGCCAUGAUAGGUUGGCUGCUGACAUAUUGUAGGAAAAAUCAUGUGCAGGCCAAUGUGAAGCUGGCCCUUUUAUACGAUUGGCUGUUCUUUGAUGAUAAAAUCGAUAAUAUCAUGAACAUUGAGCCAGCGAUCCUUUUGAUGGUGAAUUCAAUUCCUCAAUACAUUGACAUUACUAGCAACCUUCUUGAGUUCUUGUUCCUUCUCAUGGACAACUAUGAUGUUGAACGGAAGGAUGUCAUAGCUCAGGGUGUCUCAGCAGCUUUUGGUAACCUUGUCAGGAAAGGAGUGGUUCACUCAUUGGAUGCUUUGACCUCUUGCAAUAAACUUUCUCCACUUCUCAAAGAGAGGCUUGCAAACAUCUUUCCUCGUUUAAAAUCAGGAGUUUCUAGAGCACACCCCACUUGUGUUCCUCGCGUUUCCCUCCCACCCUUUAAUUUUCCAAGUCCGUCAAGCAAAGGAAGGCAAACAUUAGUUUUGAGCGAGCAAAAGACUCUUUUGUGUGACAGAGAAAAUGGAUUUGACGAUAAGGUUUCUAAAGCACACCCCAUUUGUGUUCCUCGCGGUUCCCUCCCACCCUUGAAUUUGCCCAGUCAAUCAAGCCCGGAAAGGAAGACAUUGGUUUAUAGGGAGCAAAGGACUCCUUUGUGUAACAGAGAAAAUGGAUUUGAUGAUAAGGUUUCUAAAGCACACCCCAUUUGUGUUCCUCGCGGUUCCCUCCCAUCCUUGAAUUUGCCAAGUCCAUCAAGCACAGAAAGGCAUACAUCAGUUUUGAGGGAGCAAAGGACUCUUGUGUGUGACAGAGAAAAUGGAUUUGACGAUAAGGUUUCUAAAGCACACCCCAUUUGUGUUCCUCACGUUUCCCUCCCACCCUUGGAUUUGCCAAGUCCAUCAAGCCCAGAAAGGCAGACAUCAGUUUUGAGGGUGCAAAGGACUCCUUUGUGUGACAGAGAAAAUGGAUUUGAUGAUAAUGUUGUUUCUGCAUCUGAUAACCCAGUUACUUCUUGCAGUGAAGUCAUUGUAGUCAAUGGUGAGCAAUUUGAUAUCAUAGGGAAUUUGAUUAAAAAAUAUCAAGAAAGCAUUAAGCAGUCAAAUGAAAUGGGACUUCAAACUUUAAAAGAGCUAAUAUUGUCAUUUGCAAGUCCUGUUAGCCACACACUUGAUACUGCAGCUGUGGAUGAUUCUGAUCCCAGAGUGGAAGUAUUAGCUUGUCAAAUAGCUGAAUCAUUCAAAUUAAAUGGGUAUAGCAUGUUUUCAUCUCUCGAAGCCAAUCAUCAUGAUGAAGUUCUCUCUGCAACAGCCCUAAUUACGCGUGCCUUUAUCUUUUCUCAAAAUGAAAGGAUGCAGAAGAUGUUUCUGUUCUGGUCAAAAAAUGGUUGUCCAGUGGGAGCACGCUUACUAUGUUAUGCAUCAAGACUUACUCAUGAGGCAGAGUUGAUGGGAUGCUUGAGGAAUGCUAUGGAUGAAAAUAGCUACCCCAAGCUAAGUUACUCAGAAAUGUCAUUAUUGAAAUGUCAUAUUAAUGGAUUUCUUACUUUUAUGAGUGAUUGGAGGGAAGAUUCUCUUGAUGUCAAUCAAGUAGACGGUAAGUUGGUUGCUAAGUUGGUAGAAAGUGCUUUUGCUGCUUACAGACAUUUCCUUGUGUUAUUAAGCAGUAAUUUAUGUAAGGAAGCAGGUACUUCUGUAGCUAAGCUCUUGUUUUCUGACUUAAUGACUUCUUGUGGGUGGGGAAUGAAAAGAUUGAAGUCCUUAUUCUGCAGCCUCUUCUCUCAUCUUUCUAAUUUAUCUGUUGGUGAUGAAAAUAUCAUAAGGUUACUUGUGGACAGAUUGAGUGACUCAGAUCUAGUCAGUGUGCAGUUUGGAAUAGGUUUGAAAAUGUUUUGUAUCUUCGGGGAGGACACUGAGAAUAUUUUGCAUUUGAUUAAGAUCUCUAUCAAUUGGGGCUUUGCGGAACAGCAGAAGUUGUGGGGCUUGAUGAGAUCGGAGCUGGCAGUCUCUAAGGUUCAGGUGGAUAGGGUAGUCUGGUAUUUCUUCUGCGGAGGUGUCUUAGAUCCAAAUGUACAUUCCAUUGCAGUAGGACUUCUGAUGCUGUCUAGCUGUUGUGCUCCUACACCUGAGCUUGUUGGUGCAGUGAUGUCAUUAGCUGAUGAUCCCUUCCUGGACUUUUCUGCGACAAUCUUGGCUAGUUGGUCUGUCUCAAAUGCCCAAAUGUUAUUUAAUAGCUUUGCUAAAUAUUUGGAAAAAAUCAACAAGAAGAAUGGUCAUUCGAUCUCUUCUAUUUCUGGUGGGAUUAGAGUUAACCACUCUACCAUUUUGAAGUUCUUGAAUUUUCUCGACAAACAAGGGUUGGAAAGCAUUAACCAUCUGAACAACACACUAGUAAAUAUUCCGGAAAUAAAAGCCAAAUUAUCAGAGGUAGCAGCGGCUCACAACAGAAGACGAUUGCUCUGUCAGUAACAGGUGAAUUUCUUAGUUACAAUUGCAGUCUGUGGUCGGAGGUUGACAUUCCAUCCAACUGAGUUGAUUUGAGGUGUUUUCCUUCUCAUUUGUCAGAGUGAGUGGAUACAUCGAGACAUCAGAGACAGAAAAAAAAAACCGUUCUAAUUGUUUUCAGUACAUUUUGGCUCAAGCUGUCCCAAAACAAUUGAGGCAUUUGUUGCUUGAGAGUUGAGACAAAACUGCAAUGCCUCUGGUUGUACAUUGAUUUCCAUCUCCUCUGAAUCCAGAGCUGGAGCUGUCUUGCCUGAUGAGGUAAUGCCAUCUGUCUUGGCAUUAUUCCUGUUGAAACAGAUGGAACCAAGCAAGCCAUAGUUUUAGUGGAUCUGUUUGAUUUGCCUCCAGAUAGCUUCUGGCUUUAAAGCAGCCACUCUGCAAACAAUGGGUCUUAAUCUUCUGAGUGGAUGAAAGGGAAUUGAGUACAAUGGCCACCAGGAUUUCAGGAUUUACCUAUUCUGUUUUGCAAUGUCACAGGAUGUCAACAAGAGUCAGAAGCUCGAGGACUGGGCAAGGGCUUGCAAGGAGCACAACAGUUACACCGGUGGGAACUAUAGUUACAGUUGAACCCUUCAGAGAUGGACCAUUGGAUUAACCAUGACCACCCAUGAUCCUUGCUCUUGGGACCUACUACCAUAUAUUUUGAAUAUUUUGAGUAAAAAAGAGCAACCCAGUGCACGGGGCUCUUACUACUGCAAGGUCCUAGAGGGGCAAGUGUAUGUAGCCUUAACCCCUCAUUCGCAAGAGAGGCUGUUUCCAAGUUUUGAACCUAUGAUCAACAUGUUGCAAUAGUGUAUGUAUAGAGGGACUAUAAACACUGAAAAGGAAACUUGGAAAGGUUCCUACGAAGUCGAUAUGUAGAUUCCUCUAUGUCAUGCCCUCUGGAAUUCUAUGCGAUGGAGAUAGAGUUCAGUCUCUGUAUUGAAAGCCCUUUGUAUACAAA